AUGUACCGUCCUGAAAUAAGAGCUGAAGCCUGGUUUAUAAUGAAGCAACUAACACAAAAAGCCACAUCCAAGGAAUUCAAACAGUUCCUGAAAGAAGCGGUUCGUCCAGUUAUGCAUGAGGCAUACGAGUACAUCGAUUACAACCUGGAACGAGACCAUUUCGAUACAAUCGAAUCAAGCUUGGUAUCACUGACUCCCAGAUUGAAGGAUUGGAGACUAAUCGAAGAGCGAAAUACAUACUACGAGCCGGAGAAUGAUUGCGAAAAUGCACUUGCAUGGAUCGAUGCUUUAUGCGAGGAAAUUUAUUCGAUGGCAAAUGCUGCAAUGUGGGCUCAUGCAGAAUGGGAUGAUUAG